UGUUAAGAGUUCGACUCUAGAAGGAGGCUUUUACAUUCAUCUGCUGAAAGUGGAAAGUUUCUCUGAGCUCAUUAAAAAUCAGGUUUUAGGGGGCGGGGCCUACCAGCAUGAUUUGUUACACCACAAGUCAUUUGGAAGUCAGUCCUGGUCCAGUAUGCAACCUGUACAGUGUGAUGUGAGAAUCACUGAGAAUGGACUUCACAGUCAGGUAGGAGACAUCUUGUCUUUAUAUGGAUGUGGAAAUUAUACUUACUAUACCAUAAAAAACAUAUCAGACACACAUUAUUGUUCCAAGUAGCCCAUUUGUUUGUUUUUGUUUUUAGUACAUGUCUGGAGGGGCUCUUUAAAAUGUAACAUUUAUCUGACCACUGAUCAGUUUUCUUUUACUUCCUGAGGAAUGUCGCUGAUGUCUGGUGAAAUGCAUCAAACGUCCACACGAUGGCAAUACUGGACAACUUUUGGUGAGGAAAGGCGGCAGUGGGUGCUGUCCACAGUUCAACAGUUCACCAAACACAGUCCACAGCUUCUCCUUUAAAGGGUCACUGAUGGGGUUAAAUGAGUCUGCGGUUCUUUAUGUUGGAAUUGUGGGAGACUGAGGAAAUAAUCAUAUUUUGGGAAAAUUGUGAUUUUUCUUUGCUUUUGUCAGAAUUGAUGAUGUCUCAGUGGGGAAUGAUUUUUGAUUCACUUUCGAGCUCAAUGAAUCAAAUGCAGUUUAUUACUUAUUAAUUACCAUUUCAGUGUGGUACUUCACUCAUUUCUUGGUUACGUCAUUUUUGCGUUAUGCUUCUCAAAUGAGUGAUUGUGUUUUUAGUCUUCUGACAAAAUCUGAAUCAUUAAAUGUUCUAUUUUGUGAAUCUUUAUUCUUCAGAUGUCCUAAUGAGCCUGUAAUGAUCGUGCAGUUUUUGUUUGACAAUAUCAGUUUGGAUUCAUUAGCACAUUGAGGUUCUCUGACGAGAAAAGCAACGCAUGCUUCUUUUCGGAUCAGCCAUUGAGGCAUUCAAAUAAAGGAGGUCCAGUCUAAGAAGGCUAUGAGACAAAUCCUUGCCAGUAAUCUGGAUGCUGUAACGCGUUACCGGCGGCGGUAGCGACGGUGCGCUGUGCGCUGUGCGCUCCGGAGUCUCCAUAAAAGUUAGUGCGCGCAGAGCUGAGCUGUCAGACUGAGGAGAGACGCGGUGGAGCAAAGACUGAGAGGCUGAAGUGAUUGAUCAGGAUCGAUCCCACUUUGAGAAAUUCAUCUGUUCAUUAUAGGUGCGCUGUCUGACCCUCUGGGGGGGACUGUCUCCCACCGAGGGCGCGCCGACGGGACGCAGAUAAAGCGCGUUAUCUUCCCGAGUCUGUGCGGGGCUGCCGGCUUUUCUGGACUCUGUCGGAAUAAAAGAGGACAGGGGAGGUUCGGGUGCGGGAGAAUCUCGGCUGUGCGGCGGAUGAGGAGCCCACGCUGCCGCCUCAGAAGAACAGUAAUCGUGUCUGAUUCUGUUAUUGCUGUUUGAUUACAUCUGAAGGAGCGGGGGACAAAAAGAAAAAAAAAAAAAAAAAAAAAAAAGCCCACCACUCCCGGUUUUCUUUUCCGCCAGCCCCAGGACGCAAAUGUCUCCACACCACAGACACACCACUGGAUUGUAGCAGCAGCCCCGCCGAUGCUUUGAACGGGCGUUAAGGUGCGGGAAGGGAGUGGGACAAUUACAGGAUGAGUGAGCGAUACACGCAGAUCGGAAGUAAAGGGGCUCUACUUGUAAUGGUGCUUGUGAUCAGUGUCUGGGAGAUGGCCGCACCAACAGAAGCAACUACAGCAGCGCACCAUGUCCGAACAGGAACCUGUGAAGUCGUGGCGUUGCAUCGCUGCUGCAACAAGAACAAGAUUGAGGAGCGGUCACAAACUGUGAAGUGCUCCUGCUUUCCCGGGCAAGUGGCCGGCACCACCAGAGCCGCCCCGUCUUGUGUAGAUGCCUCCAUAGUGGAGCAGAAGUGGUGGUGUCAGAUGCAUCCGUGCCUUGACGGAGAGGAAUGCAAAGUUCUUCCUGAUCUGAAGGGCUGGAGCUGUGCUACAGGGAACAAGAUCAAAACUACUAAGAUUUCUGCGGACAGAGACCAGCUUUGGUAACGUCAGAUGCUUCACAACAGAGUCCAGGUGAACCAACAGUUCCGGUCUUUGUUGGAUCAUCAAAGGAGAAGAGAGUAAUGCAAAGGACCUUUCUGUAAAUAGAGACUUCCUUUCUUCUGGACUGCAAUUAAUCUUUGGAAAACUCUGAAUGCUUCUUCUUGAACUCUAUGGACAUCAAAAAGAGGAGUAGAUCCUAUUGAAAGUACUGAUCAUUCAGAGCUUCUUUUUGAAGGACUCCAUAUGAUUAGCCUUACCGGACAACAGGAUUUAUUCUCUGACAUUGUACUGCUUGUAGUGGAAGACAAUGGUGAACUCUGCCUAUAUGUUUAUUUCUAGAGUAUUUAUGUCAUUUACAGGGGAUUUUGCAUCACACGUUGACCAGGGUGAACAGCAGGUCGGUUUGCUGUAAGCAUCGCAAAUAUUCAACACACAAAAUGUGGUUCUGUUUUAUCAGUCAAUUGUGGCUUUCUUCUCUAACAAAGUGUAGUUUCAAGCGUUCAGCUAAAGAUGAAAAUAUGUGGCUGAGCAGCAGAUAUUCAGGGCGAUUUUCAUAGAAAUACACAACCACAUUCGACAAUGUGUCAUUUAUACUGUGUGCCACAACACACUAAAAUAAACUUAAUUCAAUUUGAACUUCGCACAAACCUCCUACACGUUGUUAUCUGUGUAUUAAGUGUUCCAUUCGACUCAGAUAUUGUUGAGAUCUGAUCAAACCUACCAGCUGUUAACAGAAAGUUGGAUCCAGUCGUGGUUUAUUUUUCCUCUGAAAUUCGCUCUGCCAUUUCCUGCUGCUUCUACCAGAUUUUGUUUUUGUAUCACAGUUCUGGUGUUCAGAUUCUAGACAACAGCAGUGUAAAUUAAACACACAGCAUCUGGUCACCGGCUGGGUGAUGACAACAAUGUUCCCACAACUGUUUUCAACUAGUUACUCGAGUAUGAUUUGCUGAUCACCUUUCAGUAGGUAUCGCUGACACUUCCUUUGUCUGUGUAAGUGAUGACAUCAGUAAUAAACUAUGGUUGUGUAACUAA